CUAGACGCCAUGGUGUCGAAUAUGGAGCAGGACGCUGACAGUCUCAAUACUAAGUUGAAAAGCACGCUAGAGAAGUUGCGCGCCCAGCGUGGGGCCUUGGCAAACGCUACCUCGGCCAGUACGGAAGAUGCCGAUAAAAAUGCUAGCGAGAAUUAA